AUGACACCCAUCGGCAUUACUCACACUUCUAAGAGGCAGUCAAACCCCCAAGCUGCUAGAGCUGAGUCAGAGAUAGAGAACAGGUUACAGACAAAUCAGCAAGACCAUGAACUGACACAAAAAAGCAUGAGGAGCCCUCCUAACACACAAGAGAUCUUAACCAUUGCAGCAAACCUCAGCCCAAGAGACAAUACCAAGGAAAAGGAUAAGAAUGAAGGUAUAACAGAAGAAACUGAAGAGAGAGAGCAGGCCACGCCCCGGGGGCGAAAGACUGCCAACAGCCAAGGCCGCAGAAAGGGUCGAAUAACCAGGUCCAUGACAAACGAAGCUGCAGCUGCUAGUGCUGCGGCUGCAGCAGCCACUGAAGAGCCACCACCACCUCUGCCACCACCACCAGAACCCAUUUCUGCAGAGCCUGUGGAGACCUCUCGAUGGACAGAAGAAGAAAUGGAAGUUGCUAAAAAAGGCCUGGUAGAACAUGGUCGUAACUGGGCAGCAAUUGCCAAAAUGGUGGGAACUAAAAGUGAAGCACAGUGUAAAAACUUCUAUUUUAACUAUAAGAGGCGACACAAUCUUGACAACCUCUUGCAACAACAUAAGCAGAAAGUGAGUAUAUCAGAAGUGGUGAGUUUACAGCCUGCAUUUGAUGAUACUUUGCAAGUUUUCUUAAGAAUUUGUGGCAUUGCCCCUUUUUUUCCAGUUACAGUUUCUUCUAGCAAGUCUACGAGUCAUGAAAGGAAGUCAACACUGACCCCAACCCAGAGAGAAAAUAUAUCAGCCAAGUCUCCAGUGCCUGGGGUGGAUCCUGUUGUGAGCCACAGCCCAUUUGAUCCCCACCACAGGGGCAGUGCUGCAGGAGAGGUUUAUCGGAGUCACCUUCCCGCGCACUUGGAUCCAGCCAUGCCCUUUCACAGGGCUCUAGAUCCUGCAGCUGCUGCUUACCUGUUUCAGAGACAGCUUUCACCAACUCCAGGCUACCCAAGUCAGUACCAGCUAUACGCAAUGGAGAACACAAGACAGACAAUCCUAAAUGAUUACAUUACUUCACAGCAGAUGCAAGUAAACUUGCGCCCUGAUGUAGCCAGAGGACUCUCCCCACGAGAGCAGCCACUGGGUCUCCCGUACCCAACAACAAGAGGAAUCAUUGACCUGACCAAUAUGCCUCCAACAAUUUUAGUGCCUCAUCCAGGAGGAACAAGCACUCCUCCCAUGGACAGAAUCACUUAUAUUCCUGGUACACAGAUUACUUUCCCUCCCAGGCCAUACAACUCUGCUUCUAUGUCUCCAGGACAUCCAACACACCUUGCAGCAGCUGCAACUGCUGAGAGGGAGCGGGAGAGAGAGAGGGAAAAGGAGCGAGAACGGGAGCGGGAACGGGAACGGAUUGCGGCUUCUUCAGACCUCUACCUGAGGCCAGGCACAGAACAGCCAGGUCGACCUGGUAGUCAUGGAUAUGUUCGUUCCCCUUCUCCCUCAGUAAGAGCUCAGGAGACCAUGUUGCAGCAAAGACCCAGUGUUUUCCAGGGAACCAAUGGAACCAGUGUAAUCACACCUUUGGAUCCAACUGCUCAGCUACGAAUCAUGCCACUGCCUGCUGGGGGCCCUUCAAUAAGCCAAGGCCUGCCAGCCUCCCGUUACAACACUGCUGCGGAUGCCCUGGCUGCUCUUGUGGAUGCUGCAGCUUCUGCACCCCAGAUGGAUGUUUCCAAAACAAAAGAGAGUAAGCAUGAAGCUGCCAGGUUAGAAGAAAAUUUGAGAAGCAGGUCAGCAGCAGUUAGUGAACAGCAGCAGCUAGAGCAGAAAACCCUGGAGGUGGAGAAGAGAUCUGUUCAGUGUCUGUACACUUCUUCAGCCUUUCCAAGUGGCAAGCCCCAGCCUCAUGCCUCAGUAGUGUAUUCUGAGGCUGGGAAAGAUAAAGGGCCUCCUCCAAAAUCCAGAUAUGAGGAAGAGCUAAGGACCAGAGGGAAGACUACCAUUACUGCAGCUAACUUCAUAGACGUGAUCAUCACCCGGCAAAUUGCCUCGGACAAGGAUGCGAGGGAACGUGGCUCUCAAGGUUCAGACUCUUCUAGUAGCUUAUCUUCUCACAGGUAUGAAGCACCCAGUGAUGCUAUUGAGGUGAUUAGUCCUGCCAGUUCACCUGCACCACCCCAGGAUAAACUGCAGGCCUAUCAGCCAGAGAUUGUUAAAGCAAAUCAAGCAGAAAGCGAUCCCAGUAGACAGUAUGAAGGACCUCUGCAUCACUAUCGGCCCCAGCAGGAGUCGCCAUCUCCGCAGCAACAGCAGCAGCCACCCCCACCUUCCUCCCAGGCAGAGGGGAUGGGGCAGGUACCCAGGACCCAUCGGCUAAUCACACUUGCUGAUCACAUCUGUCAAAUUAUCACACAAGAUUUUGCUAGAAAUCAAGUUUCCUCGCAGACUCCCCAGCAGACUCCCACUUCUACAUUCCAAAAUUCACCAACUGCUUUGGCAUCCACACCUGUGAGGAGUAAAACAUCAAGUCGCUACAGCCCAGAAUCCCAGUCUCAAUCUGUUCUCCAUCAGAGACCAGGUUCCAGAGUCUCUCCAGAAAAUCUUGUGGACAAAUCUCGGGGAAGCAGGCCUGGAAAAUCUCCCGAGAGGAGUCACAUCCCUGCAGAACCCUACGAGCCCAUCUCCCCACCCCAGGUUCCGGUUGUGCACGAGAAGCAGGACAGCAUGCUGCUGCUGUCACAAAGGGGUGUGGAGCCUGCAGAGCAGAGGAAUGAUUCUCGCUCACCAGGGAGUAUAAGCUACUUGCCUUCAUUCUUCACCAAGCUUGAAAACACAUCACCCAUGGUGAAAUCAAAGAAGCAAGAGAUUUUUCGUAAGUUGAACUCCUCUGGUGGAGGUGACUCUGAUAUGGCAGCUGCUCAACCAGGAACUGAGAUCUUCAAUCUGCCAGCAGUUACUACAUCAGGCUCAGUUAGCUCUAGAAGCCAUUCUUUUGCUGAUCCUGCCAGUAAUCUGGGUCUGGAAGACAUUAUCAGGAAGGCCCUCAUGGGAAACUUUGAUGACAAAGUUGAAGAUCAUGGAGUUGUCAUACCCCAACCUGUGGGAGUAUUGCCACAGGUAGUGCCUGGUAGUGCCAGCACCUCAGUUGUGACCAGCAGUGAGACACGGAGAGAUGAUGGGGACCCAUCACCCCAUUCGGGAGGAGUUUGCAAACCAAAGUUGAUCAACAAAUCAAACAGCAGGAAAUCUAAAUCUCCUAUUCCUGGGCAAGGCUACUUAGGAAGUGAACGGCCCUCUUCAGUCUCCUCUGUACAUUCAGAAGGGGAUUAUCACAGGCAGACACCAGGGUGGGCCUGGGAAGAUAGGCCUUCUUCAACAGGCUCCACUCAGUUUCCUUAUAACCCCCUAACCAUGCGGAUGCUCAGCAGUACACCACCAACCCCAAUUGCAUGUGCUCCAUCUGCUGUGAACCAAGCGACUCCUCACCAACAGAACCGGAUUUGGGAGCGGGAGCCUGCUCCACUCCUUUCUGCCCAGUAUGAGACACUGUCUGAUAGCGAUGACUAAACUGCACAGAGAAGGGAGCAGGAGCUCUAUUUUAUUUUUAAUUGCAGGUCAAAAACCUGCCCUCCUAUACUUGUGCCCGGAGACUUCUCAGGAGAGCCAGGGCCUCGGAUGAUGAAGAAAUGAUGGAAAUUCAUUUGGGAAGCCAAAUGGGAAAAAAAACAAACUGUUUGAUACAGGCAAUUCAGUGAAUAAUAAUAGUUGAGGGUUGAAAUGUAGAGUUUUUAAAAAGUGGACGAUUCCUGUUCUUACAUCUGUUUGUAAAGAAAAGCAUAAUGUCUAAAUGUUUAAAUCACCCUUCUGUAAAUAGAUGACCUUUUUGCAGUGUAUCCCCUUGCUGUAGUUAUCUGCUGUACUUACGUUCAAAUCAGCGCAUCAAUGUUGGGGGUAAUUUUUAAAAAUCUUUUUGUCUAUCAUCUUUUUAACCCUAGCCUUCUAAACAACCUCAUACAGCCCAAUUACAAAAUAUUGGCUGUCACGGGCAUUGUACUUUUAUCUGAUUUUUGUUCCUUUAAAUUUAGCUUCCCAGUGAUGUUUAAAAUCUUGUGAAAUGUUUAGAUUUUUAACACAGACCCUGUCAUAAAAUCUGGACAUUAGGGUCAAAAGUUAGGAGCAACAAAAUUCUGCCAUAUUGUGAAUUUCCAGUGCAGGCUUUAAUUUUUUUUUUUAAGUAGCACUGAAAAGAUAUUACUGCAUGGGUAUGUUACAGUUCAGUUUUUAAAGUUUUAAAGGCUUAUUUGAGGCAUACCUCACUGUGUUAUGCACACUGGUAAUUUAACCAUGCCCCUAAGUAUUCCUUUUCUUCUGCAUUUGAUGCAGCCCAACAAAGCUUUUGUUUUGAAAUAAAUUUGACUACCCUGUCCAUAGCUAUAGUAGAUUUGUGAUUUAAGGCUUUUAUCUCAGGACUCAAAGGAAAAACUUACAUACAUAUAAUGAUCUGUGUAGUUGUCUCAGUCUUUUAGACUUGCCUUGUGCUACAUCCUGAACAAACCUCAUGGUAACACAACAGUCCUUUUUGCUUCCUUAAGACAAGAGUUUAUUGAUGAAUGUUAUUUUAAGGAUUCUCAAGGUGCAAAUAGUUUAGAAGACUGAAUUGUAAAUAUGGUACUGAAGGGUCAGGGCUUUAUCCUUCAUUAAGAAUUGCUUGUUAAAUUUUUCCAUACAACCUAAUAACAGCAUUUAAGUGUGUGCAUUAUGGGAGGAUGCUUAAGGGUUUGGGAAGAAUGGCACCGAUACCUGGAAAGGGGAGGAAAAGAGGUCUCUCAGGAUAAUGAAUAUUAGCACUUUACAGCCUUUCAGGUAGAGCUAAACUUUUAAACAAAAGUACACAAACCUUCUAUGAAAACAGCUCUAAGAUUAACCACUCUUGACUGAGACACAACUCCCUCCCCUCACACCUGGAGCCCUGGUGUUUAAUCCUUGUUACUGCACAGACUCUGUACUUUGCACAUACAAUUCUGUAAGUGACAAAGACAAGCCAUAGCCUGUUUGGAGCCAAAGCCUUCUCCCAUCACUUUUCCACUCUUGAACACAUGAGGUCCUCAACAUAAACUGUAGAUCAAACUUAGUGGUCACAAUUCUAUGACUUGGAAGGUUGGUACCUUUACAUGAAUGAAAAAGUGACUAAAAGUUGUAACUGUUUUCUGCUGAAGGUUUUUCAGGGUACUGGCAAUAUUCUAGAGAACUUCUUAACAGUAAUGUAUAUUGCCAUCUGACCCAAAAAGAGAUCAUUAGAAUAUUAAGCAAUUCUAAGUUAGGUUAGUUUCUGAGAACAAGUCCAGUCAGAGCCUAACAUGUUAUUCUUGCAGUACCACUUGAAGAUCCCAGGGUUGGCUGCUGCUACUAACCACUCACUUCCUCACCACUGAACAUGUGUGCUUUACUACCAUUCCCUGAAGAAGAGAUUAAAAAGCUAUAUCAUUUCUUAGU